UGUUAUUUAUCUCACAGGCGAUCAAGAGAUCAUCCUACUACCCGCUCCCAUGGCGUCCUCGAAGCAGGUCGCCCUAGCGCGUGCACCGCGCACAUCUAACAACGACGGACAACUGACGAGGAUACCGGCAUUUCUUAACAAAAUCUAUGAGAUGGUCAACGACGACAGAACGAACAACCUUAUCGAAUGGUCUCCUUCGGGGGAUACGUUCUAUGUCUAUGAUCAGGAAAAGUUCGCCAUGGAAGUCCUACCGCGCUGGUUUAAGCACAAGAAUUUCGCCUCCUUUGUGAGGCAACUCAAUAUGUAUGGAUUCCACAAGAUUCCACAUUUGCAGCAAGGCGUCUUGAAGAGCGAAACGGAGUCGGAGCAUUGGAAUUUCGUUCACCCCAAUUUCAAGCGCGACCAGCCCGAUCUACUAUGUCUCAUCCAACGAAAAAAGUCCACCACGGCGAACGAGGAUGAGAGGAACGAGAUCGUUAACACGACGACGCAAGUGACGGGGAACAGCCAGCUUGACAUACAGUCUAUCGUCAAUGGUAUCGCCGCCAUUAAGCGACACCAGACGACCAUCUCAACCGAACUGAAUGAGCUGAAGAGGAAUAACGAGCUCUUGUGGCGAGAGUCGGAGGCAGCACGGACCAGACAUCAGAAACAGCAGGACACUAUCAACCGUAUCGUCAAGUUCUUAGCGGGCGUCUUCGGACAUGCGGGCAGCCCGGUGCACAAAGAAGACGUUGGGAGCGCUUCUCCCUCUCGAGUUUCAGUCGUACCCGUCAGGCAAUCUCGACUAAUGAUCGAGGGCAGUACUCCCACUCGCACAGACUUGGCCAGCGACGGAGAUUCCCCCGCUGCCUUUGCAUCGAUUGAAACCCCGCCGUCAAUCGCCUCCCCUAUAGACCGACCUAUUUCGCCCAGCACGACCGCGUUGUUCAGUAGUCCAUCGACGCCACAGACAUUAGCGACGGAGCCCUUACCUGAAAGCACCGACCUCGGAACCAUGCAACGGACACGGUCUCCGAGCUCGAACCCCGACUUGGAUGCCUUCUUCCAGGGGCUGAGUGGGAUGUCGCCCGCAGAAAUCCAGCAGCUGAUGAAUUCCAUGACGGUCCCGACUAUCCCGGAGUUCCCCGCCUCUGACCCAGGGUCUUCAUCUCUGAUGCAAUAUUCGCCUCAAACACCGGCAUUUGAUCUUUCACAAUUGGGCUCGUUCCCACUCCUUUCGCCUUCGCCACCACCACUGGAUGAUGUUGCCAAUCAAGUGGGAAAGUCGUGGGCGGCAGCGCACGACAUCGAACAGGAUGUAGACGCGGUCGAUAACAAGAUCAACAACUUGAUGGACCAAUUCCAGAUCCCGAAUGCAUCGUUGGACUCGCUGACUCCGCUAGACCCAGACGACCUGACUGCCGACUUGGGGCAUGGGCCAGCAGUUGACUCGGACAACGAUCUGUUCCACAGCUUUUUGAAGGGUCUGGGUGAGGAUGGGGCUUUGAAUCUGCACCCAGACGUGCCGAAUACGCUUCUGGAGACCAUUCCGGAAGUCAACGACCUGCCAGACGUCGAGCCACCAGCACUACAGCGCCCGACAAAGAAGCGGAAAUCAGAUGUCGCCACACCCGAGACCCUUCCAGAAGCACUCGCGAAACGGAGGAAAGGUAGAUGA